AGGGCUUUGCCCGUACUUACCUUAAAAAAUGAAAAUUUCGCAUGAUGGAUGUGCUCCUCUCACACCUUAUCCUUAACAGCACCAUGAUUGGUGUCCUGACCACAUUCAUAUUCCUAACCUAUUGCUUACUCCGGAGAAUCAAAGCUUCCAAGGACCUGCAACCACCGGAGGCUGCUGGCGGGUGGCCAAUACUCGGCCAUCUCCGCUUCUUGACAGGUCCUGAACUUCCCCACGAGACCUUGGGAGCUCUAGCAGACAAGCAUGGACCAAUAUUUAAGAUCAGGAUCGGGGUUCAUCCGGCAGUGGUGAUUUCCAGCUGGGAGCUAGCUAAGGAGUGCUUCACUACGCAUGAUGGUGCGGUUCUUUCCCGACCUAAGCUCGCCACAGGCAAGCACAUGGGCUACAACUAUGCGAGCCCCGCGUUCACCCCUUACGGCCCAUAUUGGCGUGAGAUACGUAAAAUCAUGAUGCUAGAGCUCCUCUCCAACCGCCGCCUCGAGAUGUUCAAUCAUAUUCGCGAAUCAGAAACGGCAACUUCCUUGAAAGAUCUAUAUACCCACUGCAUCAUGGGACAUGACGGCUCGGAUCAUCAGGACCAAGUACUGGUGGAGAUGAGGCAAUGGUUCGGGGACCUGAACUUGAAUGUGUUUCUCCGGAUGAUCGCCGGCAAGCGAUAUAACUUUGGGAGUACAGAAAUAAGUAGUGAGAAGGAGAAGGCACGACGUGUCCAAUGGAUUAUUAGGGAAUUUUUCCACCUAGCAGGCCUCUUUGUUCCGUCUGAUGCGCUCCCAUUUUUGGGAUGGUUGGACUUGGGAGGGUAUGAGAAGGCGAUGAAAGUGAUCGCGAAGGAGAUGGAGAGCCUCUUUGCGGAGUGGUUAGAGGAACAUCGCGAGAAAAGGAAAUCUGGAGAGGCAGCAAAUGGCACGCAGGACUUCAUGGACGUGCUUCUGUCCGUGCUGGAUGACCUCAAGAUAGCUGAUUUCGAUGCCGACACUGUCAAUAAAGCCACCACCACGACGCUGAUGGCCGGAGGAAGUGAUACGACUUCUCUAACACUUACAUGGGCGCUCUCCCUCUUGUUAAAUAGCCCCCGCACACAGAGAAAAAUCCAAGAUGAAGUCGAUGCUCACGUUGGAAGAGAGAGGCUCGUGAGGGAGUCGGACAUCGACAAACUAGUCUACCUCCAGGCCGUUAUCAAGGAGACCUUCCGGCUCUAUCCAGCCGCUCCCCUUUCCGCAGCCAGAGAAUUUACCAAAGAUUGCACCGUCGGUGGCUACGACAUCCCUGCUGGUAGUCAACUCAUAGUGAACCUCCACAAGCUCCACCGGGACCCACGGGUCUGGGAAGACCCCGACGAGUUUAGGCCCGAGAGGUUUCUGACCUCCCACAAGAACAUCGAUGUCAAAGGCCAGCAUUUUGAGCUCAUUCCUUUUGGCGGCGGGAGGAGGGCAUGUCCCGGGCUGGGCCACGCGAUCCAGAUGGCCCAAUUGACUCUAGCGAGCUUGCUCCAUGCUUUCGACAUCACAACCCCGUCGGAUGCCCCAGUCGACAUGACCGGGAGCCCCGGGUUAACAAAUUCAAAGGCCACUCCUCUACAGGUACUGGUCAGGCCACGCCUAUCGCCCUCAACUUACACAUGAACGGAUAGAUUGUUUGGCCGUAGUAUAAUCAUGGGGUUGUGGCAAUAUAAAAUGGCAUAAUAAGAAAACGAUAUAUACAUAUAUCCAUAUAUAUAUAUGGCAUGUCGUGUGUAAUAUACAAGUAUGGACUGGAUCUUGAAGUCCAUCGGAAUGAAGGCCCUUAAUAUUCUUCCAUGUAUAUUUCCGGUGAGAUCAUCCUAUGAAGAUUAAUGAAGAAAAAAGGAUACAUGCCACCCUUACUCUCA